GUCAGUGGUUAAUAUGUAGAGUUACAUAGUGUUCAGCAUGGUGGGGGGGUCAGUGGUUAAUAUGUAGAGUUACAUAGUGUUCAGCAUGGUGGGGGUCAGUGGUUAAUAUGUAGAGUUACAUAGUGUUCAGCAUGGUGGGGGUCAGUGGUUAAUAUGUAGAGUUACAUAGUGUUCAGCAUGGUGGGGGGGGGUCAGUGGUUAAUAUGUAGAGUUACAUAGUGUUCAGCAUGGUGGGGGUCAGUGGUUAAUAUGUAGAGUUACAUAGUGUUCAGCAUGGUGGGGGUCAGUGGUUAAUAUGUAGAGUUACAUAGUGUUCAGCAUGGUGGGGGUCAGUAUGGUCCAGUGGUUAAUAUGUCUCUGUGUUUCAGCUCUUGACCUCCAGUCCGUUCAUGUGGCUCGUUGCUCUCAGUGGACUGGUCUCUGGGAAGCUGUACCACGGAAAUGCUCUGAGGGUGCAGCGGCUUCUCUUCGUACCCCGGUGGCUGUCCCGUGUCGGGGCCUUUGUCCUGCAGCCCCUGUUCUCCGGGCCCCCGCCCCCUAAUGAAACCCCCCUGGGUAUGGGGGCUACGCUGGACAUCCAGAGACAGCAGAGGAUGGAUCUCCAUGAUCAACAGAUGCUGCUGGUCCAGUUCCAGCAGGCGAGGAGGAACCACAGACCGCCACAGAAUGGCCUAAUGAACUGGAACAGAUUUUUCCCAUCGCUGAGACGCAGAGGACAGAACCUUCCCCCAGAGCCACAACCACACCCCUCUCCACUGCUGCAGCCACACCCCUCUCCACCGUUGCAGCCACACCCCACAGCUCCACCACUGCAGCCACACCCCUCUCCACAGCAGCUCCACCCCACAGCUCCACCACUGCUGGAGCCCACAGCUCCUCCCUUGGUCAACACUCCUGUAGCUGAAGAACAGGUUGCCAGAUUGAUGGAGAUGGGCUUCUCCAGAAUAGAUGCUCAGGAUGCCCUCAGAGAGUCCAACAACGACAUCAACGUGGCAACCAACUUUCUGCUGCAGCAUUUAGGGUAGAGAGGAGUUUGAAAGAUGUAGAACCUGAGAGAGGAAAAACAACAGAGGGAACAGAAUGAAGUCUGGGUCUGAUCCAGUGAGCAGGGUCCUGGGGUUUGAGGCCAGGGUGACCGGGCUGCUCUGGAACUCCAGAGGACUACACAGAGAAUAACUCCACACAGACUACACAAUUACUAGGAGGAAAGGAGAGAGGAGGACAGUAAUGCUGCUGCUGUCCACUUCCUGAAGGGUGAAGAGGGCUGUCCACAGUGCUUCCUGGUAGUGGGUGAAGAGGGCUGUUCCAGAUAGUUUGGAUACUCUGUCCUGUCACCUUGCUGCUGAGGGACAGAAGAUGGAGGAUCAGAAGGCUGCUAUUCUCAGGGCUUGUUGCAUCUAGUGUCUUCUCUACCAUUACCAUGGUUCAUUACGGCUACCUCCACCUCACACACACCUUCGCCCAGAAAACACACACACAUUCACCAGUCCCUAAAGGUUUUCUUUUGUGUCAUUUGUCCAUGGACACUUAUUUAACACUCACACUCAGGGGUUUGAAAUGAGGAGAAUAUACUAAAUUAUGAAAACUGUCAAUCUUGUAUACUCAAUGAAAAACGUCUGCACAUGUAAUACUUAGUGUAUGGCUGCUCAGUGGCUACAUUCUGGUUAACUACACUAUGGAAUAAAAUCAUGGUGACAAGAUAUUAAUUAUGAAAACUGUUUCACUAGUUUUUCACAAAAUCAUUGAGGAUUUAACACUUAUUUAUAUACUUUUUAUUUACUUUGUUUUGUUUUAUGUGACUGACUGUAUAAACGGAGGUGUGCUUGUUGUUUGGUUAACCUAUGCCUGUGUGUGGUGUUAUUAUGCUACAGAUUACAAAUGAUUAACAAUUUAACAAACUGCUUACAACCACUGAAAUAUAUGCAAUGCGCUCUGCUGUGGUAACAGUGCUGUCCAUACAGCGUUACAGCAGUAUAAUGGCCUGAUGAAUAAACCUACCUCUCACCUUUA